AUGUCACUUCUUCCUGCUUCGAAGACAUCAAGAAGACGUAAGAAUAGGCAGAAAAGCUCAAAGUCUGACAGAGAGGGUAACAAGAACUUCAAGUUAGCUUUUCGCCAUCUUCCUCAGGACCUUAGCGAAGAACAAUUUGAUGAACAUAUCGCUUCCUACAAAGAUCCUAGCUUAAAGAUUGUCAGCAAAUAUUAUGUUCAAGGAAGUGCUUCUCAAGGCAUAUACAACAAACCAAUCUACUCUAGAGCAUACAUAUUACUAGAAAACGAAGAGGCUUACAAUGCUUUCUCUAAUCAGGUACGUGGAAAGCCCUUUGGAUCAUUGAAUAGCACCAAUACAGUACCAGCAAUUGGAAGAGCUCUAUAUGAUAGAAUGCCUAACAAUUCUGGUCUGAAGAAAAAAGGCAAGGAAUCGUUGGAGAAAGACGACCUUUAUCAAGAGUUCUUGCGGCUUUUUGAAGAAGACAAGGUGGACGACUUCAGUAUAAGUCAAAUAUUAGAAAGGAAGCGAAGAGGGGCCAAAAAAGGGAACAAGGAAACUAAGAAAAAAGGUGCUGGUGAGAAGGAGUCGAAGAAAGAAGGGAAAAAGAAAAAGGACAAGAUUAAGGUUGCUGAUAAUCUUGAAAAACCCGAAUCCAAAACUCAGCUGGUAUCUGAGUCUAAAGGCACAGAGAAAGAAAGAAAGCGUAAAAGAAAUAGAAAGAAACGGGGAGCUGAAAAAGCUGAAAAGCCCCAAGGUCCUCAAGAUCUGGACGCCAGUGUCAAUGCAAGUAUUAAGCUCGGAGCCGAGAAAGAAAAGAAUCCAAAACGCAGGCAAAAAAGAAAGACUGCUGCAGAGAAGAAAGUCCGGGCACGAGGAAAGCAGAACCAGGAUGGAAAAGGGGUCUCUGAAGCUAAAAGUUCUACAGAAAAUAUACCAGGAGAACCCACCAAGAAAAUUUUAACAAGAAAUUCCAAGAACAACUCUGAAGACCAAACGAGUUAA